AUGGGAAUAAGCCUGGAGGCCGGACGACUUGUUGUAAUUUUAACAAACACUUUAACCACAAUUGUAGGUUUGAUCCUUAUCGUGUUGGGGCUUUAUGAACUCGCAUCUCCAGACGUAAGCUUGUAUUCAACCGCGAUUCCUCUUGCAACUAUCAUUUUUGGCAUUUUCAUUCUUUUGAUUUCUAUUAUUGGAUGCUGUGGUGGAAUAGCCGAGAGUAAACCCGUCUUAUGGGUUGUUGAAAGAAUUCUUGACACUUGGUGGCAAGCUGCUUAUGAUGAUAAUCCGAGAAUAAUUCGUGACAUCGAAGAUAAGAAACGUCCAGAUGCUUGCGUUAAUAGCUCUUGGUUCGGUUAUGAUAGACCGUGUUUGGACGUUUUAACUCUAUCCUAUAAACAUCAUCAAGUUGCAUUCGGUGUCUGGGGGAUUAUCUUGGCCAUUAUUCAGGUCAUAGCUCUAAUUUCGGCAUACAUUCUUAUUGUGAAUUUACCGACUUCAGAACAACGAGAUCGUGAAUAUAGAGCUGAACAUGAACGGCUUAUUAAGAUUGGUCGUGGUGGUGAUCCGGAACAACCAUCUAAACCUUAUUACACUGAUAGAGGUGCUGGUGUGAGUAGUGGUUCGUCAGGUGCAACACAUGGUCAAUACGGUACUGUUCCAUAA